UUAUUUGGCAGGAAGUCAGCCGCGGCUACCGGAAGUCACAUAAUGAGGACACUGUGAGGCGCACAAAUUGGCAACGAGUCCAAACGUUUCACUGUCCACUCGUUGAACCCUCCCCGCGAUAAAGGAGGAACCGGCAGUAGGCCAGCUGUAUGUGAAGAGAGCUGCGGGUAGCUAUGUCUUCGGCGGUGGAUCUUAAGACCAAGGAGGAGAAGGAUGCUGAGCUGGACAAACGAAUUGAAGCGCUGAGAAAAAAGAAUGAAGCCCUGGUCAAGAGGUAUCAGGAAAUCGAGGAGGACAAGAAGAAAGCCGAACAGGAGGGCAUUGCAAUAACAACGCCUCGAAAACCACGUCCCCACGAGCCGGAGGCUGACAGAAGGAAGACAGAGAAGGAAAAUCUGACGGUCACGGUCGACCUCUCGAAACCAGCAGGGGAGAAGAGAGUUGUGAAUGACUGGAAACCUGCAACGCCUCGUGGCCAAAAGACGUCUGAGGACAGCGAUGGGCCCAGGGGGCAGAGCGACGGGCACAGCCCCCCCAGGAGGACGGGCUCCGGGCGACUGGGUCGAGGAGGUCAGAGAGGAGGAGGCCGCCAAGAGAAGAGAGAAUGGGAACCACGGACACCUCGAGAGGGAGAACCUGGAGAGACAGGAGGACAAGGACGCAGAGGAGGAAGACGAGGAAGGGGAGGCGAAGGAGGGGGAGGAGGAGGAGGAGGCAGCACACCAGGAGGAGGCAUGGACAGGAAAUCCAAGGAGUGGGAGGAGAAGAGGCGACAGAACAUUGAGAAGAUGAAUGAAGAGAUGGAGAGAAUAGCAGAGUACGAGAGAGGACAGCGGAUGGAUGGAGACAAACCGAUCCGUAACUUCCUGGACGACCCGAGACGUUCAGGCCCGGUGCCGGACACAGACCGAAAGGAGGGCAGCAGGAGACACGUACGAAACUGGGGCGGGCUGGACUUUGACAACGUGAAGACUCGAGCCGAGCUGGAGAAAGAGUGGACUAGUCGAAGACCUGGUCCAAAAGGCUCCGUGGACAUGACCAUGUCCAUGACGGGCCGGGAGAGAGCAGAAUACCUGCGCUGGAAGAAGGAGCGCGAGCAGAUUGACGAGGAGAGACUGGCACGACACCGCAACGCCACGGGCCAGUGGAGACGGGAGUGGGACGCCCAGAAGACCGAGAGCAUGUUCAAGGAGGAACCAUGUGCAGCUGCAGAGGGCGACUCGUCUGAGCAGGGAGGAGGCAGGAGAGCCCGGGGGCGUAACCCUCGUACUGAGCCUCGGGGCAGAGCCUCAGACGACGGCAAGAGGCCUCCUAAAGCUCCCACCUUCGGCGACUUCCUGUCCCAGGGCAGGACCCCGGGGCGAGGGGAGCGCAGCAGAGGCAAAGGUCGAGGGCCGAGGCCAAGCUACAGCAUGCAUGACAACCGCUGGGAAGGAGAGAAGGAAGAAGAAGGGAAGGAGAAAGAGGACAAGACGAAGAAUGUGGAGACGGUGACAAAGGAGAAGCAGAAGGAAGAAAAGCCCAAAGCAGCGGCGACUGCAGCAGAGACGGUGGAGGAGAAGAAUGGAGGUGGAGAGGAGGAUGAAGACGAAUGGGAGGAUGCCAGCGAUGGUGAAGAUGAUGAUGAUGGGAGCGACUCUGGCCAUGACUCCAGAGGCGAUGAGAAGAAAGACACCGGCAAAGAGAAAUCGAACAGGGUGAAGGGUGACUCGCCUACAUCCCCGGCGCCUCGUUCUCGACCAACAUCUGGAGAAAGCGCUAAAGAGCAGCGGACGCCCAGGCCCAAGGUUCACAUCCCAGCGCCAGAAGCUGUCCAGGAGUCACCAGAGGGGGGCAAACCCCUCAGCCCCUUCUCCCCGCUCGACGGCCACCAGCCUGUGUCCGACUGGGGGGAGGAGAUGGAGAUGCUGUCGCCCCGGAGCAGCAUGGGAGGCGAGAGCCCGCUGAAACCCCCCAGUACCGAGAACAGCCCCCCUCAGAAGAAGGAGGAGAUGAGCGGGUGCUGCAGUGAAGCUGCUGAGCCACAGACAGAGGAGAGUCCAGAGGUUCCGGCCCAGCAGACUGUGAUGGUGUCGGAACCGGAGCUCGUCCCAUCAGACCCCUCCCAGUCAGAGGUCUCUGUGUGUGACCCGUCUGCUGUUUCUGCCCCAGUUCCCUCUGAGGUCAGUGAGGCUGCUGUGACGAUGGACCAGGAUGCACCUGCUCUGUCACAACCACAAGACAACCUGGACGCCCCUCCCUCUCCCUCCGACCUCGACGCCGAGCAGAGCUCCUCUGACCCAGCGGAGGAGCAGGAGGCGCCGCCUGCUGGGCCCACGGCAGCGGAUCCGUCGGCGCCGCCGUCUUCAGGCUGAAGCUUCUGCGAACUGACUGACUUCAGGGGAGGAUGAACAGCGUCACUGCUCAUCACUGGAGUGGCCGUCAAGCAUCAAAAAAAACAGAAAAAAACAGAAAAAAAGUCCUGAGGAGGAGCGUAAUCCCAUUGGCACCUUGGUCCCUAGUGUUUUAAGGUUUUUCAACUCUGAGGGUCUGAUCAACGUCGGGUCUGUUGCCAUGUUUGUCUCAGUUUGUCACGUACUAAGCUGCCAAAUGCCUGGCUCUGUUACUAAGACGCUUCUCGUGGGUGUGAAGGUCGUUUGUCCAAUUGGAUAGAAAUGUGACAGAACAAAACCCGUUCUCUUAUACCUCAACGAUCAGCAGCUACGAGGCUAAACGUUUCUGAAGUGAUCGGGUUGGAACCUGAAAACCCCUGAUUCAUCAGAGCUGUGUUUUAUGGGUCACCAAGAAAAACGGCCUCCGCGUGUUUUAAGGCGUUUGCUGGAGCUUCGGUAGUGAGUUCAGAGGGAAGCGGGAUGUGAGGACGCCGUCACAGGCGUCUGCGUCCUCCUUCGUUACCCACAAUGCACCCUGGCUGCUCCAGAGGAUCCCAGCGGCCUGUUUCAGCAGGCGUCACUAACCUGUCAUCAACAUAGAAAUCUGCUCUUAAUGACGCAGACCCCCCACGUGGCCGUGGGGGGUCUGCGUCACUGAGGAGCCCGUUUAAUUUAACUGUACAACUUCGCACUGCUGCGUCAGAACUGGUUUUUAAAUCCAUCCUCCAGUGGGUCUGUGUUUGUAGAGGAAAACUGAAGCUGGAGAUGUUUCCGUCAUGAGACAAAAACUCCUGAACCAGACUGGUUCUCAGGACGUUUGCUUUAAAUGUGAUUUCUGUCCUCUGAUUCAUGCAGUAGCUCAGUAGCUCUGAGACCCCACUGACCUUUGGUUUUACACAGAAGCACCUAUGCAGGCCUGCUGUCAGGCGUCAUGCCCGAAGGCACCUCGGCAGAGCAGCCGUGUGACGCCGCGUGCUCGAGUAGUCGUGGGAUUCUGUGUUUCAGCUGAUUGCGUCAUAAUGGGAGCGUUUCACGUUUUCCUGCCGUUGUGGUUCUGAAGGGUCGUGUGGUCGGAGCCUGGUUCUGCAGAGAUCUGCCCCAUCCGUCUGAUGGUUCCGCCUCUGCCCUCCACACUGCCUUUAAACCCACUUAGAGCCAUGUUGGCCAUGUCUGGGAGGAGUCCUCCCUGCAGAUGCAGGCUGGAAUCACCAACGGUGGUUUGCUGCUGUUUAGAGCUUUUAUUUUGGAAUGAAACCUCCUCGUAUACCUCAGCAGACUAAGGGCUUUGCUUUGGUUUGGUUUGAGCGUGCGUCGUUUUCUGCAGGCUUUCAAUCAUGUGAGUGGUGGCGACUCACCUGUGCUUUAAUGUUUUUAUGUUCUGUGUCUGAUGAAUAAAAGUUGUACAUCCAAGCGAAAGGAAAUGCAAUAUGUACAGUUUUUAAUGGAGAUGAACAUUCCACAGUUGGGUGUUUGUGCGAGUAGCCUGACAGCUGUUAACCAUAUAUUUUGUUUUGUUCCUUUAUGCAAAUGGUUGUUUGCUUUUCUGAGCUCCGACGAUUGUACUUCAUCCGUUUCUCCGACGUCUUCCUGCAGCGUGGAGUGGCGUGCGCUGUGGUCGUGACCAUAUCAGGACUAGCAUGAAUCCACAAUUGUAGCUUUUUAAUGUUUGGUUCAUAAGCCAUGGCUGAAGUCAGCUCAUCUUCAUCAGCUCACGCCCCAGAGUCCAGAUGUGUGUUCAGCUUUUCCUACAUCAAAUGUAACAACGCUAUUGUUGUAUCAGUUUUAGUUUUUCUUUCAUUCAUCAAAUAAAUGUUUGUUUUUGGGA